AAGGCAGCACCGUCCAUAUUAAGCAAGAAGAAGAGCUGUGCUCUGCACAUCAGCAGGAGGGGGAGGCUGGAGAAGCUCCUGGAGAGCCCUGCCCAGCAGAGGAAACAUUUUAUGAGCCUGAGGCUUCAAGUCAGGCCAGGAACAGCCAAGAGGUGGAUCCCAGGGAGCUGCCAGGCAUGGAGAGCCAGGACUUCCCAAGAGACCCUGACACAGGAUUCCAGGCUUAUGCAACUGAUGUUCUAUCAUGGAUUAAACAAGAGGAGGAGCCACGCUGCCCGGAGCAGGACUUGGAGAAAGAAGAGAUCUCUGCAGACUCAAGUACAGCAGAGGAAACAUUUUAUGAGCCUGAGGCUUCAAGUCAGGCCAGGAACAGCCAAGAGGUGGAUCCCAGGGAGCUGCCAGGCAUGGAGAGCCAGGACUUCCCAAGAGACCCUGACACAGGAUUCCAGGCUUAUGCAACUGAUGUUCUAUCAUGGAUUAAACAAGAGGAGGAGCCACGCUGCCCGGAGCAGGACUUGGAGAAAGAAGAGAUCUCUGCAGACUCAAGUACAGUGCACGAUGCAAACCCCAGGAGGGACCCUCCAGCAGAUGCCUUUGAAAGCACAGUGGGUGACUCGGAGCCUCCAGGAAGGGCUGCAGAGAAGUUUUCCAAGGAUCCAAGCCCCGGAGUGACGUGGGACACUCAGUGGAACCCAGAGAUGAUGGAAACAAGCAGCUUGGGGGGGGGGCUUGGGGGGGAGCCCCGGCACGAGCGGGGCUUUGCUGAGCCCUUGGAUUUCUUCAGCGCCCAGGAGAGCAGCGUGGGAAGGAGACCCUGUGCCCCCAGCAGGUGUGAGGAGCCCUCCAGCCAGCAGGAGCAUCUUCAGGCUGCCCAGCGAGCCCGGGAAGGGCUGUUUCCAGGCCUCAGCUGUGACAGGAAUCCCAGCGACAGGCUGUUCCAGCUGCUGCCCGCGGAGCCGGGAGCUGCUCCCGGGCCGUGCCAGGGGCUCCCCCCCCCCGUGGGAAGCCCGUGCUGGGAGCAGGCGGAGCGGGCGCGGGGCUGCGGGCAGAGCCAGCCCCGGGGCAAGUCCUACAUCUGCAGUGACUGCGGGAAGAGCUUCGUGUGCCACUCCUGGCUGGUCAGGCACCAGAUGACACACACGGGAGAGAGGCCCUACAAGUGCUCCGAGUGCGACAAGAGCUACAGGAGGAAGGAUUAUCUCCUGAACCACCAGCGGCGGCACUCGGGGGAGGGGCUGUUCCAGUGCCCGCUCUGCAGGAAGAGGUUUGUGCUCAGGAGGAGUUUCCUGAAGCACCAGGAAAGCCACGUGCAGGAAACACACCUGGCCCUGGGGGGCUGGCCCUGCACGGAGAUCCGGGGCUCCAUCAUGCACUCCAUAUAG